AUUCCCAUUUCACCUUCGAAGUAAGAUGUUGUACGAGCUCUUGACCAAGUUGCCCAAGACGCAGGCCAUUGGCGUCUCGAUUGCCGGCUGCUUCGCCUGCUCGUACGCCGUCUUCGGCACGCUCCGCUACUCGGGUGAGGACUUCGGCGGCGCUGCCCCUGGCGAGCCCAAGACGACGUCGGCGGAAUGGAAGGAGGCCACCAAGGCCUACGCCGCCCACCAGAAGAUGGAGCCCAUCACGCACUUCCGUCAAUAAAUACGCGGCUAAAAUGGCCUCGUUUGCAACGACGAACGACCUCAACUUAAUUGCAAUAUAUAGAUUGUUUGGACGCGUGCGUCAACGACGUCGAUCCAGACAGGUGAAGCGCGUCGGUUGCUACUCGUAGGCCUGCUGCACACAGAACACGCUGCCGUACUCCUUGAGCAGGUCUACAGAAACGUCGCAGGGAGCUGCCUGAAGGACUGCAGCAUGAAGUCGAACUGGCACGAUUAGAUAGAAUUAAAGGGCGUAGUGAGGUUAUUGCUCGCAGGCA